AAUGUUCAUCAGGAGUCUUGAGUUUCUUCUUUACUUUUGUCUAUGGAUUAAGAAGCAUUGUGUGGUUAUUCUAAGAAUUAAGGGUUUGAAUCUGGUUUUAUAAAUACAUUUUUUUUUAUUUUUUGCUUUUUAUAUGUGGCCCCUAAAAUUAUGUGAGACUAUUUUAAUUCAUUUACCUCAGAUUUGCGUAUUAGUCUCAUAAAUACUCUUACAUAAGAAAAAUAAAUAUAAAAAAAAAAACCUUUUUUUAAUAUUUUUUUAUAAUUACUUUGUACCACAGAUCAGAACCGUUCAGUCCUUAUCUUAUUUCUUUGUUUCUCAAAUCGCAGCACGUAACAUUCUAUCUUCAACUUCACUUCAGGAACCGAACCCGAAUCCUUAGAAUGGAUUCAAACAUGGUCCGACCUUCAGCUCCAUUUACACACAAAUCCAAUUAUUAUUAUUAUUUAACCACCAUAAAUUUUAAAUCCCGUUUUUUCUCAACUCCCCUGACCAAAUCAUUCAACUUCAAACUGGAAAGUAAAAGCAAAGGCCAAAACGGUAUCGUCUUCGACGAGUCGGCUUAUGAAGCUGAGCGGUUGAGCCUUGACGCCAAGGCGCGGCAAUCCAUGGCUGAGACUUCAAAAAGGGAGACGGAAAUGGGUACAGAUGAUGACCCUAAAGCAUGGAAAUGGGUAAUCCGAGAGAUUUGGGAUUUAAUGGAGACCCGCAAUUUCGCCCAGAACCCCCGACCCGUUCACCAUCGGAUCCCCAAUUUCGUUGGCGCUGCCGUUGCCGCCAAAAAUCUGGGUGGGUUGGAGGAGUUUCGGAUCUCGGGUUGUGUGAAGGUUAACCCGGAUUCGCCUCAGAAGCAAGUCAGGUUUCUAACACUUUCUGGUGGGAAGCAGUUGUUAACUCCACAGCCGCGUUUGAGGACGGGCUUUUUUUCUGUACUUGAGUCAAGUAUGUUAAGUCCUAGUACAAUCAAUGAGGCGUGCACCUCUGUAGGAGUUGCCAAGUAUGGAAGACCUAUUGGGUUGGAUGAAAAACUCAAGGUAGAUCUAAUUGUCAUUGGUUCUGUUGCUGUUGACCCGAAGACAGGGGCUCGACUUGGCAAGGGAGAGGGAUUUGCAGAACUUGAAUAUGGGAUGCUGCGGUGUAUGGGAGCUAUCGAUGAUUCAACACCUGUUGUCACUUCUGUGCAUGACUGUCAAUUGGUGGAUGAUAUUCCAGUCGAGAAACUAUUGAUCCAUGAUGUUCCUGUGGACAUUAUAUGCACUCCCACUCAAGUCAUUUUCACCAACACAACUAUCCCAAAGCCUCAAGGUAUCUACUGGGACAAAUUAUCUCCAGAAAAGUUGGGACAAAUUCGGAUACUGAGGGAGCUCAAGAUCCGAAUUGAACGGGAGACUGGUCAGAAGCUUCCUUCUGGUCCAUCAGAGAAAUUACCCCCCACAGCUCAAAGGAAGAGGCGGUAACUUACUGUAUUUCUAAUUUUCUUUGUAUAAAAACAAGUUUGAAAUGAAGAAAAUGCACAACAAAUACAAAUACUACAUUGCUAGUACAUAUGUAUAUGUUACUAUUUUGUGAUUGUACGGACGAUCAUUCUGCUCUAUGAUUUGUAUUUUUGUACUAAUUCUUUUUGGUCAA